AUGGCUCGCACCAAGCAAACUGCAAGAAAAUCAACCGGAGGGAAGGCUCCUCGUAAACAGUUGGCUACGAAGGCCGCGCGUAAAUCGGCGCCGUCUACCGGUGGAGUUAAAAAGCCCCAUCGCUACAGGCCCGGUACAGUCGCCUUGCGAGAAAUUCGUCGAUACCAGAAGUCGACCGAGCUCCUGAUCAGAAAGCUUCCUUUCCAACGCCUUGUCCGUGAGAUUGCACAGGACUUCAAAACCGAUCUUCGUUUCCAGAGCGCUGCUGUGGGUGCCCUACAGGAGGCUUCAGAAGCUUAUCUAGUCGGUCUUUUCGAGGAUACUAACUUGUGCGCAAUUCAUGCCAAGCGGGUGACUAUUAUGCCGAAGGACAUCCAGCUGGCCCGCAGAAUUCGUGGCGAGAGGGCGUAA